GUUGUCUCUCCUUUAAUACACAAUUCCUCGGACUUCUUGUCAAUUAUUUCAAAUGAAUUUUCACCGUUCGAAUCUUCUUGCAUCAUUUUAAUUAUUUAUUAAUUUCAAUUUUUGUAAACACAAUAUUUUGACAUAAGGAAGGAUUCGUGGCGGACUAGUUCGUUUUGGGUUUCUAUGUUGGCAGCAUUUGUAUUUAAUUUUGAUUGGUUGCGACGUUGCCGGGUUUCUUUUUCUUUAAAUGUAAUUUUGAUCCCCCUAUUCUGUUUAUAUAAGUUAUUUAUUGGUAUAGUUUGUUCUGUGAUUAGAAUUGCAAACGUGGUUUUUAAUUUUUGUUGAUAAAUAUAUCGGUUUAAGAUAUUCUGGUUUUAUGGUAGGCAGAAUGAACACUAUUGACAGUUUCAUAACCUGACUUUUGUAACGUGGUUUUCAUGUAUUUUUUGAGUUAAAAAAUGGGUGAAGCAGACAGUGCUUCGUUGGACAAGAAGAAAUCUCACAGAGAUAGACAUUCAGGUAGAAAAGCUGAAAAGAAAAAAGACAAGAAAAAUGCCAGAAACCCUGUGGAAGAGCUUUCCGACAGAAAGAGAAACCCCAAAGCGUUCGCCAUUAAUUCCGCUGUCAGUGCGGAGCGAAAAUUCCGAAGAAAACAAGACAUCGACACUAAAAAGCAACACAUACCUUUGGUGGAUCGUACGCCCAUCGAACCGCCACCCAUUUUGAUUGCCGUAGUGGGGCCCCCAAAAGUGGGCAAAACCACGGUGAUAAACAAUUUGAUUCGGUUGUUUACGAGGUCUCCUUUAACGGAAAUAAAGGGCCCAGUUACGAUUGUAACAGGCAAAAAGCGUAGGAUAACUCUCAUAGAAUGCAACAAUGAUGUUAAUUCCAUGAUCGAUUUGGCUAAAGUGGCCGAUUUGGUGCUUUUACUCUGCGACGCCAGUUUUGGGUUUGAAAUGGAGAUUUUCGAGUUUUUGAAUAUUUGUCAGGUGCAUGGUAUGCCGAGGAUUAUGGGCAUAUUAACGCAUUUGGAUAUGAUUAAGAAUAGUAAAGCCUUAAAAUUGAAAAAAAAGACUCUUAAGCAUAGAUUUUGGACGGAGGUUUACGCGGGCGCCAAAUUGUUUUAUUUAUCCGGUAUUGUGCAUGGGGAGUAUUUGAGAAACGAAAUCAAAAAUUUGGGGAGGUUUAUUUCGGUUAUGAAGUUUCGCCCUUUGACGUGGAGGACCACUCACAGCUAUUUACUCGGAGAUAGGUAUGAGGAUUUGACCAAUCAGGAAGUCAUUCGCAAGAACCCCAAUUGCGACCGAAAUAUAUCGCUUUACGGGUACAUAAGGGGGGUUCCAAUCAAAAAGGAGUCAUCGGUGCAUAUACCGGGGCUGGGGGAUUUAAAAAUCCGCGACAUUUCGUAUCUACCGGACCCGUGCCCUCUACCGGAUCAAAUCAAAAAACGCGCCUUAGUAGAGAAGGAGAAACUCAUAUACGCGCCGUUUUCAGGGGUGGGGGGUAUAGUCUACGACAAAGAUGCAGUCUACGUGGAAUUAGGGGGAUCCCACAGCCACAAUAAAAAAGACGAAGAAGACGAGUCCACGAACAUAGUCGCGAAUUUGAUUGACGUUAAGGAAACUUUAGACCUAAAAAUGCAACGCUCGGAGAUGCAGCUGUUCAGUGGCGGUCAAAAGUUGACCUCCAAAGAUUGGGGGGAGGAUAAAGACGACGUCGCGACGGAAAUGUUCGGGAAGGGGGAGGAAAAAACGGCCUCGGACGAUCUCAGCGAAGAGUUAUCGCGGUUGAGGAAGAACGAGAUAAUUGAAGACGGCGGAAGAAUCAGAAGAAGAGUUGUCUUCGAUGUGGACGACGAAGAAUUUUCGAAGAAUAUUGAUGAUGAAUCAGAUGACGAUUCUUCGGAUGAUGAAAAAACCGCUGAAUACGUAACGCUAAAAGAGAACAAAGAUAAAGGCGUUCACUCGAAGAUAGCAGAUGUUCUGCAGAAAUUAGACGAGAGGAAAAUUGUUUUCGACACUUUUGAAGAAGAAGAAGACCAAUCGUCGGACGAAUCAUACGAUGAAGAUGAAGACUCAGAUGAUGAUGAUGGGGAUUUGAAGUGGAAAGACAAUUUGGCGGAAAAAGCGAAAGACAACUUUCUCGACAGACAGAGCUCGAAUAAGAAUCUAAUGAGGCUUGUUUACGGCGUUUUCGAUGCCAAACACAAUAAACAACAAGAUGCAGCGGAAUCGGAAGACGAUGAGGAAAUUGGCGGUCUUUUCAAGAAGGUAUCAAAGGAGCAGGAAAAAAUCAGAACCGAUAAAGAAAGCAUGGAUUUAGUGGAGUCUCCACUAAGCUUACCGUGGAACUCUAACGUACAAAACUGGUUGGAGGACGAAAACAAAGCUCUCAUUGUGAACUGUUUUGUCACUGGUAAAUGGAAAGAUUCAGAGGAUGCCGGCAUGCUUUUAAAACUGGACGACACCGAAGAUUUGAGCGACGUGGACUCGGAAGUGUUUGGAGACUUCGAAGAUCUGGAAACUGGAGAGAAACACGUUUCAAAUAAUAAUAAACGCAAAAGAGACGAAAAUGAAAAGGACGAGUUGGCGGAUAGAGCCGCCCUAGUCGAGAAAAAACGCAAACUGAAGGAGAAAUUCGACUCGGAAUACGACAACACGGAAAAAACUAGUUACUACGACGAUUUAAAGAUGUCGGCGGAAAAACAAGCGCAACUCAACAAAACGGUGUUCGAAAAUAUGCCUGAUGACGUCAGGGUUCAAAUAGAAGGUUUCAGGCCCGGUAUGUACGUCAGGGUUGAGUUUGAAGAUGUUCCCGCCGAGUUUAUUAAGUACUUCGACCCCACCUACCCUCUCGUAAUAGGCUCCCUCAACAUGGGCGAGGAGAACAUAGGCUACGUCAACGUUAAAAUCAAAAAACAUAGGUGGUACAAAAAGAUUCUAAAAACCAGCGACCCGUUGAUCAUCUCGUUGGGGUGGAGGCGCUUCCAGACGGUUCCUUUGUACUCCAAAUUGGAGGACGACUUGAAAUUUCGGUACUUAAAAUACACACCGGAGCACUUAUCGUGCAACGCGCACUUUUGGGGGCCCAUAACCCCGCAGGGGACCGGUUUUUUGGCUUUGCAGGUGGUAAACCAAAGCGCCGAAGCUUUAAAAGUCCAAGGGUUCAGAAUAGCGGCCACCGGUUCGGUGCAAGAGCUCGACAAGUCCACGCAGAUCAUGAAAAAGUUAAAACUCGUCGGUUACCCGAUGAAAAUAUACAAGAAAACCGCUUUCGUUAAAGGGAUGUUCAACUCCUCCUUGGAGGUGGCCAAAUUCGAAGGAGCCCGAGUGAAAACCGUAUCCGGCAUAAGAGGACAAAUAAAAAAGGCCGUCGGAAAGCCCGAGGGCUGUUUCAGAGCCACUUUCGAAGACAAAAUCCAACUGAGCGACAUCGUGUUCUGUCGGACGUGGUACAAAGUGGACGUCCCGGAAUUCUACAACCCUGUAACCACGCUUUUAUUACCUCUAGGAGAGAAAAACGCUUGGAGAGGCGUAAGAACAACCGGGGAAAUCAAACGCGAGAAGAACAUCAGGAACCCCGCCGAUAAGGACAGUUUGUACACCCCUGUGAUCAGGGAAGAGAAACCACUGAAGCCGCUGGUGAUACCCGCCAAGUUGCAGAAGGCUCUCCCGUACAGGGACAAGCCAAAGCACGGCGUUAAGGAGGAGGAAAGGAAGAAAUCCAUGGAGAGGGUGGCUGUGAUAAGGGAACCCUACGAACAGAAGAUCGCGAAGAUGAUGAAGAUGAUCAAGGCUUCCUACGAGAAUAAGCAGGAGAAGUUGAAGAAGGAAACCAAGGAGCGACUGGAGAGGCACAAGAUGCAGAUAGAGGGCGUAGAAGCGGACAAAAUGAAGAAGCUGAAAGAGAAGAAGAAGGAGGUGUUCAGGAAGAAGAGUAAAGCGGCAAUAAUCCAGGAAAAAAAGGGCACCAAACAUUAGUUAUGUUAAAUAUAAUGCUA